GUGGUUUAUAACUCAUCUACUUACAAUUGCCGUUAAAGGGGCAGACUAGCGACAAAUUGACGGGUUGCCACCUUUUGUAACGGCGAUCAUCCUGCACUGUGCUGGACGCCGCUCUAGCCUCUCUAUAGCCUAGCGCGAGGAGCUAACUCAACUGAGCGUUCGUCUCGCAACCUACAACGCUUAGCAGCAGGGGCGGGGCAUGGCGCAAACUUACUUUAUAUUUGGCUGAACAACUUCUUUCCCCAAACAUUAUAUCCCAGCAGAAUUCAAGGCGCGUCAGACCCGCUGCGAUGGGAAGCUCCAGCGCGCCACAGUUGUCUGGGCCAGUCCAGUGAGCCUAGAAGCUUGGACCUCGGGCGUUUAUAGGGGCGAAGCUGUGGACAGGUUGAGAUGUCCAAUUUUAACUCCAUAAGCGCCCCGUUCGUCCAGUAGAAUUACCACAGCCUCGUUUGGCUAGUCAGGGAGACACAAGGGGCGAGAGACCCAGUAGAGCAUCAGGAGAUGAAAAGACCAUUCUGCCUCUGACUCGCAUUGUACAGCUUCAUGAUCAUUCCUCAUCUUUGUAUUUCAACCAUUGUUCAAAAUGCGCACCUCUGACUUCCUCUGUGCCGCCAUUCCUCUGCUAAUGGCGGCGUCUCCCGUCGCCGCCGUCUCGUGCGAGUUCCACUCCUUCACUACCUGCGAAGACAGAAUUGUCCACUGGUUUGACCCUGAUGAUGGCAUGAUCUGCGAUCCCCUCGACUGCGGCGGCGGCCGUGCACCCGUCAAGACCGACGUCCCCGGAUGUGCUGCUUACAAGGGCACUCUUACUCGUGCCACCAGUGCUUCAUAUCUCUCUUGCUUCAAGAAAGCUGGUCAAGCCACUGCUCCUGUCGUGUCGCCUACUCCCACUGUUGCCGCGCCCAGCAGCAAGCCUGUGACCACCACAGCCGCUCCCAAACCAGCCGAGACCAGCAAAGACGUUGUGGCCGCGUCAAGCUUCUUCAGCGGCACCGCCAGCGCCGUAACGCUUCCCAUUUCAACUACCGCUGCCCCCAGCCAAUCCAGCGACAACAGCAAGACCAACAGCACUGGAGUUAAGACUCAGAGCGCCUCCCAAAGCACAUCUACCGCUGGUGCUGGCAAGGCUGUCGCAGGCUCCUUUGUCAUUGCUGCAGCUGCAGCUAUAGCUCUUCUUUAGGAAGCUGUAGUCUGUAUAAAUAGUAGUUUCAAGGAGGGCUAUUCCAAUGUAUAGAAAUAGUACACUCCAUGUUAUAUAAAUAUAUUGUUCUAUAUACUUGAAUAAGCUGUUCGAUUGAUAUUGUUGACCAAGGCUCAUAGCAUAAACUCGGCUUUGAGUGACGCUGAUUAAAUAUCGUUUAUCCCGACUUGGACCAGUUGGACUUGUGGGAAUGCUUGCCAGGAGUAGAUCUGUACCAGCGCACUCUGCAAUCAGAUCACGGGAACACAGCUCUCGAGAACCUUGGUUAAAUCACUGUAAAAGCC